CUCAUCUCUCUUCUCAUUCAUCUCAGAGUAUUACUUUGAUCAUUUCACAUUCUCAUAAAACCUAGCAAACGUUUUCUUGAUAAUAACUAUGGCCGAAGAAACCAAGAACGUAGUUCAUGAGCAAGAUGUGCCAAAGGUAACGACCGAGGAAUCAUCAGCCGAGGUUACGGAUCGUGGACUGUUUGAUUUCUUGGGGAAGAAGAAGGAGGAAACAAAACCAGAGGAGACCAUUGACUCUGAGUUUGAACAUAAGGUUCAUAUCUCAGAGCCGGUGGUGCCUGAGGUCAAACACGAGGAAGAAGAGAAGAAGCAUAGUCUCCUCGAGAAGCUUCACCGAAGCGACAGCUCUUCUAGCUCCUCAAGCGAGGAAGAAGGUGAAGAUGGUGUGAAGAGGAAGAAGAUCAAGAAGGACAAGAAGAAGACUACUACUUCUACAACUGUUGAAGGAGAGGUGAAAACUGACGAGGAGAAGAAAGGGUUUAUGGACAAGCUGAAGGAGAAGCUUCCAGGUCAUGGAAAGAAGCCUGAAGAUGCCUCACCCGCCGCCCCUGCCGCACCGGUUGUUGCUCCUCCGGUGGAGGAAGCGCAUCCGGCUGAGAAGAAGGGGAUCUUGGAGAAGAUCAAGGAGAAGCUCCCAGGGUACCAUCCCAAGACCGUAGAUGAGGUGAAGAAGGAAAAGGAAUCUGAUUAAUGAUGAUGGUGUGUUUUUGUGAUGAGUGGUGAUCAUCCUUUUGCUUUUGUGUUGUUUUAAGUUUGUUGGCUUUUAUGUUGUUCCUUUUUUUUCAGUUUCCCUAUUAUUCUCUCUUUGUUAUGUUUUUGUAUAUGAUAUCAAGAUGUUUAAUGUUAUAAAUGUUUUUUUUUUUUCAAAA